AUGGGUCUGUGCCAGUGCAAUGUCACCGGGCACGGCACAGAUUCGGAGAUGUUUGUGACUGCCGAGGAAUUCGCGGAGAAGCUAGGCAGGCAGGCUUCCAAAUCGAAAGCCAAAACAGGAGAGGUCAUGAUCAAUGUGGACGUGAUCGAAACCAUCCUCUUGGAUGAUACGGGCACAUCACAGGGAGACAAGUACAUCAAGCCAGAAGUUGUGGAGAAAGCGUUUGACAGGGUCAACUCGAACAAUGAGGAGCCCCGUCACAGCAAGGUGAGGAAGGGCACCGGCUUCAUCACAAAGGCGAUGAUGAUGGACAUUCUGUCCAAGGUGGAUGACGAGGGCGACGAGGAAGAAGUGCAGCAAACUGCAGAAGCAGUGUCAGACAAAAAUGGAAGCGGUCGACGACCCUCUCGAUGCAAGGAGCGCAAAGGCACUGGGUAUGUCAGCAAGGACAAGCUCCAAAAGAUUCUUGCAGCCGCGGGUGAGGAUGGUGACGAGUGA